AUGUCGCCAGGCAACCGGCAUCUUACUCAAACGCAUGGCUUGGUUGGGAGGCCACUGCUUUAUUUCACGAGCGUAUUUGUGUCAUUAGGUGUCUUUUUGUUUGGCUAUGAUCAGGGUGUGAUGUCGGGGAUUAUAACAGGCUUGUACUUCAAAGAUUAUUUCAAUCAGCCAUCCAGAGCGGAAAUUGGCACAGUGGUUGCAAUAUUAGAAGUUGGGGCUUUUAUUUCCUCUUUGCUCGUUGGGAAGAUUGGCGACGUAAUUGGUCGCCGCAGAACUAUCCUCUAUGGAUCUAUGGUGUUCUUCAUCGGCGGCGCUUUCCAAACCUUUGCGACGGGGCUACCGAUGAUGAUGGUAGGCCGUAUAAUUGCCGGUCUGGGUGUCGGGGCAUUAUCCACCAUCGUCCCGGUGUAUCAGUCUGAGAUCUCGCCUCCUCACAAUAGAGGAAAGUUGGCCUGCAUUGAGUUCACGGGGAAUAUCUUCGGAUAUGCUGCUAGUGUUUGGGUCGACUACUUUUGUAGCUUCAUUGAUAGUGACUUUUCCUGGCGCCUACCGUUGCUCUUGCAGUGUAUUAUGGGACUCCUCCUUGGCCUGGGGAGUCUCAUUAUUUGUGAAUCUCCAAGGUGGCUGCUGGAUAAUGACCAUGACGAAGAGGGUAUGGUGGUCAUCGCCAACCUCUAUGGUAAAGGGGAUCUUCACAACCCGGAGGCCCAGAAAGAAUACAGGGAAAUCAAGAUGAACGUACUUAUCACCCGACAAGAAGGAGAACGGUCUUACGCCGACAUGUUCAGGAGAUAUAACAAGCGCGUACUAAUUGCAAUGUCUGCGCAAGCCCUCGCGCAACUGAAUGGGAUCAAUGUCAUCUCAUACUACGCGCCGCUGGUAUUCGAGUCCGCUGGAUGGGCCGGCCGCGAUGCUAUUCUCAUGACUGGAAUAAAUGGCCUGAUAUAUCUCGCAUCGACGGUCCCUCCUUGGUAUCUUGUGGACCGCUGGGGGAGGCGUCCCAUACUUCUGUCUGGUGCCUUGGCUAUGGUCCUUUCUCUGUCAGCGAUCUCCUAUUUUAUUUUUAUUGAUAUCAAGGCUACCCGAACCCUCACCGUUAUAUUCGUUGUGAUCUACAAUGCUGCUUUCGGCGCCUCAUGGGGUCCUAUACCGUGGCUGUACCCUCCCGAAAUUCUUCCCUUAAGCAUUCGUGCGAAGGGCGCCAGUCUCAGCACUGCAACCAAUUGGGCCUUCAACUGGUUGGUCGGUGAGGUCACGCCUGUUCUUCAGGCUGCGAUAAAAUGGAGGCUGUAUUUGGUUCAUGCCUUCUUUUGUGCAUGCAGUUUUGUUGUUGUUUGGUUUCUCUAUCCCGAAACGAGUGGAGUCCGUCUGGAGGAUAUGGACCUGCUCUUCGGCGAUGCAACUACCGCUAUGCCAACUCCCGCCACUCAGGGCGAGCGUGGCUCCCUGAUGAGUGCCGGCUCACCAGUCCCCUCGCUUGAUAUUAGGCGCCAGUAUGGUCAGCAUGGAGCCGAUAGUGCCAUCCCCGGCCUAAACAUCAAUCCUCCCAAUAUCACCUCUGAUAACAAUGGUAAAAGUGACCAUACUGGCUCUCAAGAUGACAGCGGAAGCCGACCCGAGGGGCUAGGGGGUUGGAUAUCGAAUAUAGUCAGCCGCAAUAGGGGACCGUCGAACCGCCCACAGGACACUCAAUAUAGAAGGUUAGAGCAGGAUGAAGAAGUCGAGCAGUAA